ACGGACUGGCAAUCUGGCAAUGCGGAAAUAGACCUGGCACCCCGAGCCCGCACCGCGGAGAGAGGCGUGACGGCAGGAGCCGCUCCGACUACCAGAGAAUAACACACACUUUCUUUCUUUCUUUCUCUCCUUCCUCCGAGAUUUUUAAUUAAAGUGCUCAGGUGCGUUCAUCUGCAUCAGAGCUGGAGCUUUCUUUUUUUUCUUUUUCCUAAUUGGUCUGGUGUGGGGGAAAAAAGAAUAAGAAGAAUAAGAAGAAGAUUUUUUUUUUUUCUCAUUUGGAUUCCGGACUUCUUCUUUCUUUACUGACUUCUUUUUUUUCCCAAGAAUCAAGCAUGGAUGUGUUGGCGAAUUACAGUAUUUUCCAGGAACUCCAACUCGUGCAUGACACUGGUUAUUUCUCCGCGAUGCCUUCCCUGGAGGAGAACUGGCAGCAGACAUGUCUAGAGUUGGAGCGGUAUCUUCAGACGGAGCCCAAACGCCUCUCGGAGCUCUUUGACGAGGAGCUGGACUGUCUCUUAACGCCGGCCUUCAUGCAGGGCGGCGACAGCGACGAGGACCUGAUGGACCCCAUCCUCCCCAGCCUGCCCGACCAGCCCAGCCCUCCUCCCCUACUCCUAACGCUCCCCAAGGUCCAGGCCAAACUCCUGCAGGUCUCCAACCCCGGCAAGAGCCAAGCGGUAGCGGGGAGCGAAGCCCUCGCGGUCAAGGAUCAGGCCCCCGGCGGAGGAGUCAGCGCCGCGCAGCUCAGCGCCGCCGUCACGUCCUUAACACCUCCGUCCUCACCGGAGCUCGGCCGCCACCUCGUCAAGCCCACACAGACGCUCACUGCGACGGCAGACGGCACGUUAACGCUCAAACUGGUGGCCAAGAAGGUGGGAUUAGGAGCGGCUAAACUGGUGGCGGCGCGAGCGUUACCGUCCCCGCCGAGCCGAGGACGAGCCCUCAGCGACAGCGAGCAGGGAGCUGCAGGAAACCUGGGAGCAGAUCUACCCGAGAACAAGAAGAGAGUCCACCGGUGCCAGUUUAAUGGCUGCAGGAAGGUUUACACCAAGAGUUCCCACCUCAAGGCACAUCAGAGGACCCACACAGGUGAGAAGCCCUACAAGUGUUCAUGGGAAGGUUGUGAAUGGCGCUUUGCCCGGAGUGACGAGUUGACGCGACACUACCGCAAACACACCGGAGCCAAGCCCUUCAAGUGCAACCACUGCGACAGGUGUUUCUCUCGAUCGGACCACCUGGCCCUGCACAUGAAGAGGCACGUCUGAGGGCAAACCAAGCAGAGGAGUCGGGGUGGGAGGAGCACGAAGAGGAGGAAGAGGAGGAGGAGAAGUAAAAGGAGAGAGAAAGAUGGGCAAUCACACCACCAACCGCCCGCCUUGUUCAUCCUGUCCAUAAAUCGGUCGCCUCAAAAAGGCCAUCGGAGUCGGGACGAGGAGGAAAACAAGGAGCAGCUAGAUUGUUGUUUUUCUUUAAAAAUUACACAUUUCGCAUUUUUGCAAUAGUUAACAUUUCACACACCCGUCUUUGAAUGCAUCAUCCCGGUGAACCCCGGCAUCUCUCACGCUGCUCUGGGGGCUUGGACACUGCCAAACCAAUAACUACUUAACUCGCUUGACGAAACAUUGCGUCGCCUUAUUUUCUUUCUCUUUAUUCAGUGUGUUUACAUUAUUGAGUCACUUUGGUGAGGAAGCAGUCUGGUGGGGGAAAUAUCCAAACGUUAGCUAUUAGUGCUUUUGCCGGUUUUUUGAAGUCAUAUACUCAACUUUUUUGAUUUUUCUCGUUGCUGUUUUUUCAUACACGGAACGUAAGAAACCAUCAUCUGCCGCAGUCAGCCUCUGUAAUCUACGUGAAGAAAACAACAAUGCCCGUUCUGCAGGAGCGAGAGACUGUAAGACUAUAAAGCAUGGCUGACAAUCGAAUCAUUGCCUCGGUCAUGCCGCUGCAGUUCUCUGCCUCUCCACCAGAGGGCGUUUGCAUCUCUCAACCUUCACUGAGUUGCCUGCCGCCUCCGCAGGCCAUCUGACAGAAAAUGCGCAGCGACACUUUCUUCCCUUUUUUUCUACUUAGAGGACGAUGAUAAUUCUUAUUGUUGUUAUCAAAAACGAAUGACACUUUGCUCUUUUCUCUCUUGGAGAAAAAAUGUCUUAAAACUCACUGAAAUGUGUUUUUAGAAAAAAAAAAAACAAAAGAACUGAAAAUCUGAAGAUGACUUCAGCAGGAAUGUGUGGGAUGAGAACGAAAGCGUUGUUGGUCUUUUAAAAACCCCCAUGUGCACCGACUCUUGCAUCUACAGUCUGGAAGGAAUCAGCAGAUGUGGAAAGACUAAAAAAAAACACAAUCAACUCUCAGAAAAGGGAAUUUGUGUUUUUAUUUGGAGUGGAAUAAAAGCAGAGAGCUGAAAGGUCUUCAUUUUUCUGUGCUGCUCUUUCUGCCCUCCAACUCAACUGCAGCUGAAAAACAAAAUCUCGAUACGACCUCCAAUGGUCUCGUACUCUACCAGUCAGGAAGAGGACUCGCUUGGAACUGGAAAACCUUUUUUUGGGGUCUUUUUUUAUUGUUAUUAUUAUUGUUAUUCCGAAGGUUAUCCAUGUGCGCUUUCACAGACUCUGAGAUCCAUCUCCCUGGCAGCACCGUAGUGCAGAACAGAGGUGGAAGAUCUUUGGUUGCACCGUGUGACCACGUGGGACUGAAGAUGCUGAGCGACCAUUGCCUGUUGGUUCUGAACAGACAUGGUCCCAUUCAACCUGUCAAAUUUGCCUGUUUCGUAUCCAUUGACUGCACUGACUUUUUCAAUGUUAUCUGUGCUUUUUUUUUCUACCGCGAUAAAUACGGAAAAAAGCAACACAAAGAAAAAAAAUCAUAAAAAGACUGGAAAAAUACAACACAAAAAAACCUACAAAAAAGAAACAAUUCAAUUUCACUCUACACUUUGCAUACAGAACAAGCACACAUACUCCGUUAACACACAAACACACGACAGUUCCUGCGCUCACGGCUCCCUCUCGAGAUAAGACGAAUAAGAUUUAGGAAAAUAAUUUUUAAACUAAUUAACAGAGCCGGAAAAUAAAACAUUGCAUGACAGGCUUUAUUGCAGAUCUACACACACUCCAGCUCAUGAACACACACACUAAUACUCUUCCUGGAAUUAUAUGUUCUGCUCCCAAAUCUUUUUUCACAGUAGGAAUUUAGAUACUGUUGUUUAGUAGAGGAGUAUCUUAUAGCUCUCGGCUGGAGGUAACAAACGAUUCCAAAUCCUUUGAAGUGAGAAAUCAGCUUGUUCUCGGCUCCAAUAAUUACCCACAUAACCCUCGCUGCAGUUUGGGCCUCUCAUUUAAUCAGAGUUUUACUUCUUAGAAUCUGGUUAUAUACAGCAAAGUGUAGUUAUCAGUGUUUUCAUUAGCAAUAAUCUAAAGUAAAGCAGUCAGAGCAGAUUAAAUAUUAAAACAACUAACAGUCACAUACAGUACGGAAGAGUAUCAGGGCCAGGCAGGAGAAAAAUACUAAUAAUAUUUUAGAGGAGGAAGAUUCUUUUUUCAUUAUGCACU